AUUGCCCAUGUCAGUGCUGGCUUCGUACAAGUGCGGCUCUCUGGGAAGCUUAAUCUCAUAUGUAGCGAGGAGACACUCAAGGUUUGCUGAGGUUGUUAAAUUUCGAUUUGUCAUGUCAGGAAGGCGGAGUACCUUUGCUGGAGGAGAAACCCAGCCGAACAAUCGUUUCAGAUCGGCAACAGAUGCCUCUCACAUCAAAGCCCCAAAGAGACAAUGUAGUUGCCUGGAGGUUGUUCGGGAAACUAUCCCUGCUCUGGUGAAUUCCUCUCACAAAGGACACCUGGGUAGAAUAGGGAUAAUAGGCGGAUGUCAGGAGUAAGUAGUUUGAUGAAGAUAAUCAUAAUCCUGGCCUUCAGAGAUUACUGAUUAUGAGUCAUUAUUGAGAAAUUCUCUUAAAUCCGGUACUAUGUUGUUCGAGCUUUUAAUCUUUCCCUACCACCUUUGCAGCUUGAGGGGGCGACUGAAAUUAGUUUUGAGCUCGGGGUGUGCCCUGAGGCCUUAAAUCCCUACCUCUGUUCAAGUAAAAUUCCGUUCCUUUUAUUACCGAGUUAAGUCCUUUUUUCAUGACCCAGCUGCUCGAGUAUGUCCACCUUCUGUGAAAAUUCAAGAUCUCCAAGAGGGUAGCAUAGGAAAGGAGGAGGAGAGGGGGAGUGUUUUAAUCCCAUUUCUCGCCCAAAUUUUAGAAAAAUUCCAGGUGUUACAUGUACUCGAAACAGUAUUUCAUGCAGUAGAAGUUUAAAGGGAAAACUACAAAUUUCAUCUUACCUUGACUCUGUAACAUUUGUGCAUUGCAUAUUAAGUUUGGGUUUAGUCUCACAUUUUAAACAAACCUUUUACCACACUCCUCAAACACCAAACCAUGCUAAGCAGCAGAUAAUCAACUGGAGAAAUAGGUGAGUGCCCUCUAGUUUACCACUUGUGGUAUCUCUCUGAAAAAUAACAUCUCAUUCCUAGAAGUUUCCAAAUGAAGAUUAACGACUAACCCAUGGAUUUUUUGUGAAGUUACUCAUUAGAUGCGCUUUGUAAGGCACUAAUUUUUACCCCACAGUUUGAUUAAUACUUGAAUGUUUUGUAAUCAUGUUGCAGGUAUACAGGUGCACCUUACUUUGCAGCAAUAUCAGCUUUGAAAGCUGUGAGUCUUAAUUUUGAAAACUUCAACCUUUGAUAGAGAUAUGUCCACAAAGGGGGUUGUUCUUGAUAGGUUGUUCAAACUGCAGGGUAAUAGUCUUAAAUUUGCAAAAUCUAGGUCACUAAGCAAUCAAGGAUAAACUCUAAGCAUGAAAAAAAAACACAAGCAUCUGGAGAAAAAAACUCCCAAGUAAAAUCUAAUGUCUUAAUUUUUUGACAUUCCAGUCUUUCUUUUGAGUUCCUUAACAGUUUAAAAUCAUUGUAAUGAAUACUCUGAUAUAAAAUUAAUUUAAAAAUUGUAUUUUUUACAUUAAUCAAUAUUAGCCAAAGUCCCCCAGAACUCAACCUCUUGAAAAGUUAUAAGGAGGUUUUCAAGAGAGAAAUGAAAUUUAAUGGCUUUUAAUUUACAUUACCAGUGUAAGCCACUGAAAUACUUGAAAAACAUGUGCCCAACUUCCUGUAUUUUUCUCUCAUACUCCAAAAAAUAUCAAGCUUCCAUUGUUCAAUUUGUAGGGUGCAGAUUUGUCCCAUGUGUUCUGUACAAGUGAUGCCUCUGUGGUUAUUAAGUCAUACAGCCCUGAACUUAUUGUCCAUCCUGUUUUGUAAGUAAUGUCAGUAAUGCUUUCACUAAACAACCUCCUCUCAAUGGCUCCCCUUUCCUAUAAAGAAACUUUUAUUGAAUAAUGUUCUACUUUUCAGUGUUCAAAAGCUUCUUACCCAUUCCAACAAGUGCCCUUACAAAUACAAUUGAAAAUUUUUCUUCCAGAUCUUUUAUCAGUUUUAAACCUUUAACUCCUAGGAUUGACCAAAACAGAAUUUCUUGUUAAAAAUUAUCAGGCAGACAAGUGGUGAGAAUGGAGAUUACCAGUGGGGAAUCAUUAGUUGAUCCAACUGCCAAAUUCUUCAAACUAACACCACACGAAUUGUAUAGCAGACCGUAAGGAGAAUUGCUAAUAAGAUCUUGGCAGUGAAAACUGACAUCAGAAUUUCUGUUUGCCAAAUGUCUACAUUCAGGGACAGAAAAACAGCUGUAAAAGAAGUGAAAGAUUGGCUUCCAAGACUUCACUGCAUUGUAGUUGGCCCAGGAAUGGGUAGAAAUCCAACCAUCAUUGAAAAUGUCAAGGUAAGUCCAUGAUGAGUUUCUAAGCCAGUGGAAUCAUGCAAACUCCAAGUUUUUGGCACAGUAGCAUUCUAGUUUGAUUUAAUUAAGAAAGGUUACACCAGAUUUCCAUCCACAGAUAAUUAAUCAGUGGUACAGCCCAAUGUUGAAUGGAAAUGAAGUUGGAGCUUUCUAAUGAUAUAGUUUUCAAGGCUCAUUAUGAUUAUAUUUAGUCUAGAAAGAAUCCUUCUGGCAAUUGACUUACUGGUAUUUCAAUUAUUUUGUCCUUAUUGUCUCUUUACAGGGAGUUCUUGAGCUUGCAAAGGAGCAGCAAAAACUUCUAGUCAUAGAUGCAGUUGAGUAUACUGUUUCAAUACAUCUGUGCAGUAAACUCCUAAAUCACCAACCCUGGAUUAGCAUAAUGCUUUGACAACCUCUGCAGGACAUCUACUUCUUAUGUUUAGAGUAGAGACAAAUUAAUUUUUAUUCAUUUUUAUUUGUAUUAGGAUGGGCUUUACAUGGUUACAUCCUAUCCAGACAUAAUCAAGAAUUAUACCAAAGCAAUACUCACACCAAAUGCUAUGGAAUUCACAAGACUAUACAGCACAUUGGUGAGUUGUUUUUUUUUUAAAUUGAGAUCCCAUUAAUCCUUUGCACCCUAACAUCAUUAUGCAUAUUCUCCAUACUGUUCUCUAUACAUUUCCUAAGGUGCUGACAAGGAGAAUUUGUUUAACAAUCAAGAUCAUUUUUAGUGGGUGAUCUUAUUCUCAUGACCUAUAUGUAUGAUUUGGGGCAAUAUUGUAAUGAGAAAAUAGAUGCUAAUCAUUCUAAGGGGUCAAGGUGUCAAUCAUUUGUUGUAAGAAGUAUUUUUGAUUGGUCAGGAAGGGGGACUUUCUACUGAUUAAGUCCUACCAGUGACCGAGACAGAAUUUCUCCUUAUGCUAUUAGUACAAUAGCAAGCAGACAAGUAAUGAGAAUAAAGAAAAAUAUCAAUUAGGGGAUUAUUGGUUGAUCCAACUCCAAAUUCUCCAAACUAACAUUAUAUGAAUUGUAUGGCAGACAGUAAGGAGAAUUACUCAGGAGAUCUUGGGAGUUAAAGGGUUAACUUUGAAGUACCUUUAUAUUUCAUUUCCACUCCUUGAUUUAAUUAUUCCAAUGUGGCAGUUUGGUCGUGAACCUGACCCAUCUAUAGACUGUUCCAGUCAUGUGACACAGUUGUGCCGCGAGUUAGGCGGAGUUACCAUAUGCCGCAAAGGGCAAGAAGAUAUCAUUGCAGAUGGGAAAGAUGGUAAGUGUAGAUCCCAUAAGUCCUGUGUUCAUUUUUCAUUACAAUUUUGCAUGUAUCUGUGAAAAUUUUUGUUUAUAGGGUCAUGGACCUCCCAUUUGCAGUCUCCACUUGGAUCUCCUACAAUUUGAAGAAGAACACUUAAUGCACUUUCAAACACAUCUGUAUUCACCCAUUUAAAAAAAUUAUGCAUUGAUGUAAAGACACCUCUUUAAACUUACUUCUCCAGCCACCUAUUAACUAUACUAUCAAAUACAAACUUUUUCCGGUGUGAAUUACAUCAACCUUCUGUAUUGUUUUAGUGAAGCAUGGCAGGGGGAAUUCUCAACAUUUUUCCCAUUGAAACCUUUGACUUUUCUGUGUGAUUUCCAUGUAUCUUCUCCUCAUAAUUGCCAUGCUUCAUCUUGCAGGCAGGUGUUGAGAAUAUGCAAACCUAUAAGGCAGAGGUUGUCACCAUGACAUAACAUUAACAAAAGCCUUUUUUUAGUAAUCUGCAAUAAACUAAAUGGAUUGAACAUAAAGUAGAACUGCUCCUAUUAUCUUUGGAGUUAAGGGAUGUUUUUAAAAUGCUAGUUUGAUGAAUGAAGUUAAGAAAGUAAACCACAGGAGUUUCCAGAAUUUCUUUGUUAAUAACUUUAAAAAUAAUUCUAUAGUUAUAUUAUCCUUAUUUUUUUGUUUUAAAAUGUUUAAAAUAAUUCAUUUUGCAUGUUUUUUUUAUGACUAAAUAGUUGUAAACUGCAGAACAGAAGGUAGCAAUAGACGUUGUGGAGGUCAGGGUGACCUACUAUCUGGCUCCAUGGGUGUGUUCUUCCAUUGGACAGAUAUGGCAUUCAAAAAAAUGAGCAAAGAGGAAAGGUACAGUUUACUUGAAUUCAGUCUGCUUCAAAGCAGUGACAGCCAAUGAUAGGCGAGUAGGUUUCCUUGAUAUGAUUUCCCCAGGAAUGGUUAUCUUUGAGAAUGUUGUUUGAAAAUGUGACUAGUUUUUGCCAUGACAAACCCGUUGUUGUUCAAAACAUUUUCAUGGCAGGUUUUGAACAAGGAGACUUUGCAAGGGAAAGUAUGUUACACCCAGAUCAAUGUCAGUUGUAAGCAACUGCGCACCUACCCCCUCCCCCCCGCCAACUCAGCAACAGUCAACUGAUCACAAGUUGGGAUUAAUGUUGGGCCAGGGUAUGGUUUGCUUAGGUACUGACUUUGAUCCGUACACUCUAAGAAGAGGCCAUCUUAAAAAAAUGAUGCUAGUGGUAAAUGGUAAGUCUCCGGUAACUAAGACUGUUAACAAAAUAAGAAGUUGUCUUUUCCUUUCUUCUCUCAGAGCAUGUUCGUAUGGUCGAUCUCUGGUAGCAGCAUAUGGGGCCUGUGCACUAACAAGGACCUGCAACAGACUAGCGUUUGCUAAGUACCGGCGGAAUAUGACGACAACCGAUAUGAUACCAGAAAUUCACGAUGCCUUUGAACUGUUAUUUCCCGAGAAAAAGUUAGACGAACCAGUUAUAAGGCAGGAACACACCGUAUAGAGUUCUCAAGUUCGAUAAAGAUGGUAUUUUGGCCGAAUUACUUCCUAAUUAAGGACGAGCAAGCAAAUAAAGACUGCAAGGUGCUCAAUUGAACUUUGUUCCUUGGAAACGGUUUUCUAAUUCUUAAUAGAGCGCCUUUCGGUGGAGUGUCCUAAAACCAAUCGGUGGAGUCUUAACAACCAAUCAGAGCGAAGAAAAUAUCACAAGGAACCAAUGAGAACAAAAAGCAAAGACAAGCAAACUUCAUGAAUUAAAAGCGCGGUAAAACUGGGAUGACCAAGUCGCGAUUGGAUGUAGUUUUUUUCAACUGAUUGGUUGAGAGAGUGGCGCGUGUUUUCUGGACCAAUCACAGAUAGAAAGUAAACCAAAACUAAUGUAAUUUCGGUGUACAUUCGACGAUGAAUUGAAAAUUGCUACAGCGCGGUUUUCUAAGAAGUUAAGUUGCAAAUAAGUAUUUGGUCAUUGACCAAAUUUCCUAUACAUGAAUGAACCUUAAUGUUGAGUAAAUCCAUCUCAAGUUAGCUUUAGCCUCUCAUUACCAUGAGUGACCAAGAAAUAAUUUCUCCUUAAAUUAUUAAUCCAAAAUCAAGCAAACAGGUGAUGAGAGUUUAGAAAAAUAUCAACAAAGGAAUCAUUAUUUGAUUCAACACCGAAUUCCUAGAAGUUUCAUUAUGAGAAAAGUGCCGCAAUCAUUUAGGAGAAUUACUACUAGCAUCGUGGUAGCCUGAGUGAACGGUUGAAACUCAAGGUUUGUGAGGAACUAUGAUGUAUGAACUGCGUGUGGUGCUUGAGUGACUUGGUAGAAAACUAGUUACUGUAGACGCCGCGUGGGAUGUCCACGUCAGUAAAAUUCGUGACAAAGAAUUGGAUAAUAUUGUUUAGAUCGAAGUAAGUACACUGCUGCAAUAGAAUUUAUGUUGUUGGUUAUAGAUAUGUUUUGGGCCCGACUCAGAGUCAUUUUUAUCACUCGCAUUUCGCUAUACUUACAAUUAAAGAUUUCAGGGUUAUUCAGGGUAGUAAAGUCAUUAAUUGCUAGAGAAAGAUCCCCUUUAUUGUGUCAGUUUGUAAUUAAUUGUUACACUUUAUAAUACCUGUCUUCUGUAUGGAAUUGUCGCUCUUUGUAAU